AUGUCGAGGAAAACAUGGAGUGAUGUUGGCUUGGAUAAUACGGUCCAGAUUGACUGUGAUUCUCUGGCAGGUUGGAUUAUACAGCUAGGAGGAAAUGAGGAAGGUUUGCUUUUCAUGUCCACGAUAUGGUGGAUUUGGCGCCAACGCAAUAUCCUAGCAUUUGGUGAGACUUAUAAAGGGGACCAGUGGUUGCUUUCCAAUAUCUAUCGUAUGGUGGAAGACAUGAGACAGGCAUGGCAUGGGGCUGAUGUUUCGUAUAUUACUUCCAGGAUGGUUUCUUGGAGCAGGCUGGAGGAGGAUACUGAUAAACUUGAUGUUCAUGCUACUUCUCUGGGUAAUCCAGGGUUUGCUGGCUUCGAAGCUAAUUUAAUGCCUGAAUUGUUGGCUUUGAAGAAUGGACUUUGUCUUGCUGGGGACAUGGGUUUCAGAAAGGCAUCUCUUGGAUAG